UGGACUUCCUAAAACAUCCUCUCACAGUGACUGAGCCCACUUGCAAGGGUGAUGUGACGCGGCUCCUUCCAGCCUCUGCGCAGUGACUUUUGCCGGGAGUGGAGUGGCGAGCCCCUGGUGGGCUCCGAGGAACAGUGGCCGCCAUGCCUCCCCCUGCCCCGUCCCCCCCACGCUAAGCUGCAUGGUGUGGGUGCCCCUGGGACCCCCGAGAACUGACUGCCUGACCUUGCUUCAUACGCCCACCAACAACUGCCCCAAGAUGUCGUUAGAGUGGCUGGUGGCCUGGAGCUGGUCGCUGGAUGGCCUGAGGGACUGCAUUGCCACCGGCAUCCAGUCGGUGCGGGACUGCGAUACCACCGCCGUGGUCACUGUGGCCUGCCUACUGGUCCUGUUCGUGUGGUACUGUUACCACGUGGGCCGGGAGCAGCCCCGGGCCUACGCGCCCGUCAACUCCCUGAUGCAGGGCGCAGAUGCCAACGGACUGCAGAACGGGUAUGCGUACUGCCAGUCGCCCGAGUGCGUGCGCUGCGCCCACAACGAGGGCCUCAACCAGAAGCUCUACCACAAUCUGCAGGAGUACGCCAAGCGGUACUCCUGGUCCGGCAUGGGUCGCAUCCACAAGGGCAUCCGCGAGCAGGGCCGCUACCUCAACAGCCGGCCCUCCAUCCAGAAGCCCGAGGUCUUCUUCCUGCCCGACCUCCCCACCACGCCCUACUUCACCCGGGACGCCCAGAAGCAUGACGUGGAGCUGCUGGAACGGAACUUCCAGACCAUCCUGUGCGAGUUUGAGACCCUCUACAAGGCCUUCUCGAACUGCAGCCUGCCGCAAGGCUGGAAAAUGAACAGCACCCCCAGCGGGGAGUGGGUCACCUUUUACCUGGUCAAUCAGGGGGUUUGCGUGCCCAGGAACUGCAGAAAGUGCCCACGGACGUACCGCUUGCUCGGAAGCCUGCGGACCUGUAUUGGGAACAAUGUUUUUGGGAACGCGUGCAUCUCCGUGCUGAGCCCUGGGACUGUCAUUACGGAGCACUACGGACCCACCAACAUACGCAUCCGAUGCCAUUUAGGUCUCAAAACUCCCAGUGGCUGUGAGCUGGUGGUGGGGGGAGAGCCCCAGUGUUGGGCAGAAGGACGCUGCCUCCUCUUUGACGAUUCUUUCCUGCACACUGCGUUCCACGAGGGUUCGGCAGAGGACGGCCCACGGGUGGUUUUCAUGGUGGAUUUGUGGCACCCCAACGUGGCGGCGGCUGAGCGGCAGGCUCUGGAUUUCAUCUUUGCUCCAGGACGAUGAGGACAGUCCCCGUGCUGGAGUCGGCGCCAGCGGCCGCGGGUCAGCCUGGGCAGGCUGGGAUCUGGGCCCGCCCCCCAGCCGCGCUGGGACCCCACGCUCUGAAGCCUGCCUCGACGGAAAGUCCUUACUUGGAAUCUUGAGAUCACUCUGGGUCCCUCUUUCCUCUGAUUAUUGUAAAUGGGAAAUUUUCGGCUUGUAUUUCCUUACAUCUGUUCUUUUUUUUCCCCAGUCAUUUGCUCCUGUGACUCCUCUCCGCCUAACUGCACAUUAUUUUGCUCCGUGGCUGGAGGCUCAAUGCCCGUCCUUGCCGUAUCGCUACUCGGUUUUCCCAGUGCUCUGAAACAGAGCAACCAAACGGUUAUCUGUCUGAAUGUAAUAACGUGACACUACUCCUGGUCAUCUUACGAGAAAAACAAACAAAACUCGACCAAAAAACUGCAAACCAGAGUGCUAGAGACCUUGGCCUCUGCUGUCAUAGCCACACAGGGGACCCUUCAGCACCCCCCCCCGACCCCUGGGGCCGGCAGGGUGGGAGAGUGGGCGAGCCCCCACAACCUGCCGGCUUCCUAGGCAUGGGCCCUGGGUGGGGAGCGGGGGCAGUGCCACAAACCCUGCCACGGUUACGCUGAGCCCUGUCAGGCCCCCAAUGGCAGGGAGCGUCCGGCUGGCGGGACUGGCGGCUCGUGCAUCGACACGGCUCCCCUGGGGCUGGUGUCCCGGAGGCCACGUCGGGGCACCCGCCGCUCAGCAGCGGAACGUGUGGCCCACUUACCUCACUGCCUACUGAAGCCCCACUGCCUGGAAGAUUCCCCGUGCAGCUAUUUCCAGCCCGUGGCGACCAGCGUCAAGGAGGAGCUGAGGCAUGUGCUGAGACCUCGCCUAUGCGGGGACACUCCAGGGGCCACCUUCCUCUGGCAACGCAGGAAUCACGGAUCUCACCAGGAGGUGUCUGUUUUGCUUUGGAGCUCUGUUGCCUGUGAGUUUCCAUUUAUCUGUCUGCACAUAAAUGUCCCAGCACCGGGCUUCGAGACGGCGGAAGUGUUGCCCCCUGUCCCUGUCACCGCACGGGGCACGUGCCGGUUGACAGCAACCAGGCCAGCAUGUGUGAGAGAGAGAGCUGGCGAGAAGACCCACGGUCACGGUGCUGGCUUCACGGUCGUGUGUGAAGGACGUGGCCGGUGUGAGGCGUCAAUUCUAGAAACAACACCCUCCUGUUAGCGGACUUGUGCAAGAGCAGCCUGCAGCCAUGCUGGAGAUGCCUGUUUUGAAUCGCGCCUCACGGGCAGUGUCGGGUUUACAAAGCCAUGGGGCGGUGCGGGGAUGCAGUUCAGCCCACGGGCAGGGCCCGGGCAGCGGCUGCACGGAACCUGGCAGCUUCCGGGAGGAACAGCCGUCAGAAGGAACCCUGAUCUGAAACGCACGAGGUGGUUACUAGCAAGUGAGCAAAGAAAACAUGGUCUGUAUUUGGAGAAACUGUCUACGCAGGUGUUUUUCAGUGAUCAGGAUGCAGGACGGCAGAGACUUCGAACACACCUGAAGUCUUUCUGCUCAUUAAGUAUCUUGUUCCAGAAUCACCGAGGUGCAUGAUUUCCGUACGUACUGACUGCCCCCCGUUUACGGGGCCAACAGCCCACACAGGUACCCGGCUACCUGAGCCCGUGUGACAUGGUUGGGGGGCAGGAGAUAAAUAAAGGAUCUUGCUGAAAACCAGA